CAUGAGCAUUUCCUGUUUUGCAAUGGCGUCCUUCGCGCAGUAAGCACGGUCAUUAGAAAUGUUUAUUGACAGGAAACGACGAAGGAAGCAUGCUACCUGGAUGACUCUCCUACCCCGGAGUUUAGACUACAAGGUUCAAUGUGUUAAGGAAAGUUUGGUGUUGGAAUUCCGUCAGUUUUUAAGUAUGAAUGUGAGAGUGCCAAGAUGACUCUUCCAGCUCUUUAUAAUGUCGUCGAUUCGUAUGUGUGAGACAAGUUUCCGGUACCCAAGAAGAUUACAUUGCAUACAGCCCUGAUACAGAAGGUGGGACGAAAACGUUGCUGCCAUACGCCGUAGUUUAGUAGCGUUUACUGGCGUUCGGUAGAGUUCCAAUGGAAGAACACUCGUGCAACUGCUCCAUUUCGACAGAUCGUGAUGCCGCACGUGAUCUAUUGACUAAUGAUCAUGAAAGUACUGACGGGUCCAAUCACGUAUGUGUUAGUGGUGCUCAGACUACAGUUGGAUGUUGUUCAACAUCGAAUGCCAGCGAACUUCCUACCGCCGUUGCGAGUACCAGCGGUGAAUGCCCGGAAACACCCUCGUCCACUCUUUCUUUGCCAGUGAACUGUCACAAUGGGACUAAGUUUCAGCUGAUUCACGAAGGCGACAUCCAGUUGUGUAGACUCAAUCACAACCGAACGGUUAUUAGCAAAAUCCUCAGUUCAAAAUUUCUGCGACGUUGGGAAACCCACAGGAUAGUACUCGGGGCAUCAGAAAUGUCGUCAACAACGACAGGGGGCUUUAUGGAAAGGCCGGUGAGUUAUGGCUCUGUUGAGGAUGUGUACCCACUGUUACGAUGGGACCCCAAUCACAAGUAUUGCCUGCGAGUGGUCAUUCCUGAAGGUUCCCUGCUUUUACAAGCAGCCAAUAGCUAUGUUCGAGACCAGUGGCUUCACUCGAUUUGCUGGAAGAAGGCGCUCAUGAAAUAUAAAAGGGUGCUGCUGUCAUCUCGGAAAAGAGAGGUCGUGCUUAAAGAACUGCGGGGCUUGAUUAACCUUACUUUAUCAACACCGCUACAAGACAGAAAUAUCUACCAACAGCCCAUGGAUAUUAUAUCGAAGUUCCUUGUCACGAGCAAAGACUGGUUGCAGCCUGAUGUUGUAGAAGAUGUCAUCAGGAUAAUUUUACCCCUCUUGGAGAGAACAACGCCAACGGCUGAACUGUGUGAAUAUUUUUGUAAGCAUUGUAAAAGAUGCCCCCAAUCAAGAGUGGUAUUUGAAAUGUACACUCCAGUGGUGCAAAGAAUUUUGAAACACAACAUGGAUUUUGGCAAGAAUCCUAUGACCAGACUCUUAGUACAAGAAUAUGUUCAAGCAUUAAAUACCCAAAAAAGUGGGUAUGAAGCCAUUGCUGAUUUUGUUCGCAGUGUACAUGGAGAAGGCAGCACAUGUCCUCAUCCACGUGUACUUCCCAACCUGGUAGCUACAGUUCUUGCUGGAGUGUUUGCCUUAUUUGAAGGGAAGAGAAGUACUAAAGAAGAAAAUGCACUGCAAUCAGAGUCAGACUGGGAAGCAAGGCAUGACUGUUUUGUCAAGAUUCUGGACAUAUGCGCAAGUUAUGAUGACUGGCUUUUGACGUUGGCACAACUGUUGCAGCCAGUACCAUUUCCUGAUGAUGCUCUGGGAUAUGCCCACUUCACAGCAAUGAGCCACAAGAUGUCGCGACAAAUGGAACCAAUUGUGGUGAAAAUUGGAACCGACACAAAAUGUGAAGUUCACAGUUUGGUCUUGGGUGCACGGGAAGGUAAAGAUGGUUGGCUUCAAUUGUACAGCCCUGGGUCUGUUGCAUGCAGAGACGAAGGUAUACUUUGGAGCCGCAUUCUUGGGACCUUGGUAAGAUGCUGCUGCCGGCGACGUGCAUUUUUGGCACCAUUAUCAGACUGGCUUGGUCCUUUAACUGUGGGAGCACUUCGCGGGAACAUUUCCUGCCAGCAUGUGUUAUGUGCUAUGUUGGAGUUGGAGGCUCUAGAGCCAGGGGAUAAACACCUGCAAGCAGCUGCUGCUCUGGAAGCAGUGUCAUGCCCAGAAUAUCAUGCUUUGUGCCACCGUCAGGGCCUUGUACAAAAGCUACAGCAGAAGGGUGGCCCCCGCACAUUGGCCAUGCCUUCACGUUCCACUGAUGCUGAUUUAGAAAAAUUGUUGAGUGGUGGGUCAUUUGGAAACCUCGAGUGCCUCUCUCUGGCUUUCACUCAAGUGACCAGUGCCUGUGCUGAACAUAUUAUCAAGUUGCCAUCACUUCGGUAUCUCAAUCUGUGGUCUACUCAGUUUGGAGACUCUGGGCUGAAGUUAAUAUCAGAGCACCUGCCUAUGCUUCAAGUUCUCAACCUUUGUGAAACACCGGUAACAGACAAUGGCCUUACAUCACUAGAAUCAAUGAAGAGCUUACGCAAACUAAACCUGAAUAGUACUGGUCUGUCUGCGGAAAAAUUUGAAUGCCUGAAAGAAAAGCUUCCUGCACUGCAAGAAUGUGAUGUCUGCUACACAGAUGCGUGGUGAAGUGUUCUGAUACUUCAGGAUAAGGGUGCCAUACAGUAUCUUUCAGUCAUUCUCUUUUUGCUUUUGAUUUGCUGCUGUUUCUUGCAUUAUUAUUGACUUGGUGAAGCUCUACAGGAAAAAGCACUUCAUCAAAUCACCACGCUGAGAACAAGAAAGCACAGAGGAUGUUGUGAGCACAAUUGUUUUUCAUUUAGUUUCAGCAUUGUUGUACGCCUACCCCUCUUGAUGAGAUCAUUGGAGAAUGACAGUUGUCAAGCAGAUGCUUGGACUUCUCAUGUAUGUUGCAGGAUACUAUAGCAGUCGUGUUUAAUGGAGCAUGUAAAGGGAACAUGUGUUCAUCCGUCUUGUACACUCGCAAGCUGUAUCAUGCAGGCGUUUAUCUUAUUCCAGAACGGCAAACUGUUCAUAUUAACAUUGGUGGAGAACACACCCCACCUCCCUGCACACCACUAUAAAAAAAAAAAAAGAAAAAGGGUUGUGAGUUUAUCGCUUGGGGAAACAGAAAAACCAAGAUGUUGCUAAAUAAAUUGUAUCUGCAAUUGACUACCAUUGCACUAUGGAUGUGCAUCCCUAUCUUGAGACUGUUGUGAUCUGUCUAAGUGACGUGUCAGACACAGACGUCACACUUGAUCAUGAUGUUACAUCUCAAAACAGUAACAUGUGUGCCACAAUGUACAAAUGCAGGACCCCUGCUGUAAUCUAUUGUGCAUUCCAUAGUAUGAACGAAAAGCAAAUAUAGGCAUAGUUAACAACAAGAGACACUUGUGCAAAAUACCAAGCCCCAGCUAGUCACCUAAUCUAGGGGUAACUUCUCUUUUGGGACACAUUACAAAGAGAGACACAUGAGCAAGUGUAGUGAGUUCAAAUUUUGAUUGGAUAUAUAACAGUGUGGUGCACAAGCAAAGGUAUCUCAACUUGGAAUCUCAUGUAUAUUUGACAAACCAGGUUAACUAGUACUAACAUAUUUAACUUGCCUUCUGUGCACCACAAAGUAUGUAUAUGCUGCAUGUAGAUCUAUCUGGUGCAUAUCUAGGGUGAAAAACAUGGGAGACUAUAUUCCCCCUCCUUCAUGACCACUACCACUUGAAACUCAAACUCAUGGUUGCCUAGUUUUCUUGGUGUAUUCUGAGGGCUGUUCAUUUUUUACUUUGAUACCACCGGAGCUCAGAAACCGGAUUUUUUGCAACAUUAAGCUGUUUUCCUAAAUGUCGACCACCCGUUCCCUGGGAAUCAAAGUUGUGAACAUGCCCAAGAAAUCAUCACUCCAUCUCACUGCUCUGUUAUCAGGAAGGAAAAAGGACACUGGUGACAUCACACAUAUAUACGCAGAAAUAUUAUGUUGUGAUUAGGCUAUAACCCUUGAGACAUCCUGUGCAUUCUUCUGCAAUUAAUGAUUUCUUUCUCAUAAGUUCCAAUGCUUAUACUGCACCUGCAUUCUUAUCACAAAACUAUGGUUGCGUAUUGUACCAUGUUUUACAUAAUGCAGGCUUUUAUUGUUCAAGGACUAUGCUGCAGCACAAGACCCCCCUCAUUAUCAGGUGUAGUGCAGAAAACUCGAUAGCAAAAUGGAGGCACACCCACAAGAGUGGAUGUCUGCAUGUAAUGAACUCUGUAAUACAUAAUAGUACUACAAAAAAACAGUGUUUGGACCUAGUGCUUGACUAAAUUUCCCAAAAUGGCAUAGUUUAUAGUAAAUAUGCAGCACAACAUAACUUCUUUUUCAUAUGUAUUGUAUAGUUUUCCAUUGAAUAGAUAUAACUAGUAGCAAAAAGGGCUGUAAUGUUCCCAUCACUUUAGAUGCAAAUGAUUUGUUUUCAGUUUGAGUUUCAUUUCAUUAGAAAUAAUGCACUAAUAGGUCGAGAUGACAGAUGCCUUGCAAAGAAUAUGUGUGGUAUAAACAUACCAGAUAUUCAUUAUAGUACCCCUGUAUGUUGGCAGUGUGUUAGUAUAGCUUUUACUGAUACAACAGAGCAAGGUAUGAUGGUAAUCAACUAAUAUUGUGUUGCAGUGGAAUCUGGUUAGAGCAAUCACGACUAUAAAGGUGAAUCAAAUUGUAUGAUGAUUACCUUGUUUCUUUCACGCACCUUUAUGUAACGUGCACAUGUAUUUCUCCCGUGUUGUGAUACAGCGAUCAAUUUUGGCUGUGUUUUUGAACAAGUUAAUGCAAAAGUGUUGAGGCAAUCAUUACCAUUAUUGCAUUGCAUUUAUAUACAUCAUACCACAUUGUACGACGGGGAGUGCAAAAGUGGAAGCGCAAGCUGUAGUGACCAAAGUUUUUCCUAACAAUAAAUUAAUAUCCUACUAUAAAUAAAUAUACUACUAAUGUUCUCUAUAGUUCAAGUGAGAAUUGAUGAGCUACAAAAGCGCCACUGCCACCGUCAGUGCAGUAUCUGACAGGAUAUUACAUAGGCAUCGUGUGUCAUUGCUUAGGAAAGUAAGCUGCUAGCUGGACAAAAUGUGGGUGAAUCUCAGUCAAACAUUCUUAAGUGUGAAAUGUAGCUUCCCAGAGUGUAAUUUAUUGCAUUCCGUCACUUUGUUAGUAGUAUUGAGUACUUCCUGAAGUGUGUACUGGAAGAAAAAUCCAAAGUACAAUAAUUAUCAGAAUUCCAACUCUUCUCGUAAUUGUUGUAACCAGUUUUCACUGUAGUGCUUCUGAGCUGCAUCACCAGUAUGGUGAGUGUGGUCAGUGAUUUCCAGGAAGUCACACCAUGCAUCUAUGACUGCUGUUGCUGCACGUGUGAAAGCUACACUAUCGGAUCUAAGGAUAACAAAAUUAUUGCAUCAGCCAUGAUUUUUGGGAUACCGUUUUAUCAACUGCACUAUGAUUCUACUUAACAGAAAUUUCACUUAAUGUGCCUGUUAGUCUAUGAAACAAGCAUCACAUUUGUCUUCACAAAACUAUGUAAAUGGCGUACUUUACAUUUAAAUUAUGUGUUAUGAAAUCUGACACAAAUAGUCAAAGUACCUUCCACUUUCACAAAGCGCAGCAUAAUUCACUCAAGCCACUCACAUUUUGAGUGUUGUAAAAACUGCAUGAUGGCACCUUGCCCAUCCUAAACUUUGCAGACUGGUCACUACCUUCGUGAAGUUUCAUCGCAACUUUUUGUAGUCACGAUAUUAAUGCGGAAGCAGGAUGAGAAGACAAUCAAAGUCUCACCAUUAUGCAUUUAAAUGGCCAAUUGGAGUCAAACAAUGCCCCGUUUGUUGCAUCUGCAUCACUUUUGUGUCAUGGACACUGGCAUCAUUGUCAGUUGCAGGUUGUAGAUAACAAAAUGCCACACCAUUGGUGUAUGGACCUGCUUUCCAAUAUCAUGUUUAAUGGUGAAUUGAUGAAGAGUGUUGAAACUUUGUCUCUCAAAAUGCAUGUGUUGCAUCAUCAUUUGCCAUGAAAUGAAGGUUAAGCAUGUACAGAUGAAACUGACAACUUUUGACUGGAACAGGCCAUUUAAUUGCAUGUGUCCAAGUCUGGUAAUAUGUCAUGUUGCAAUUUUCUGAAGCAGUCAAAAUGUUAGUGGCCCAUACAAAUCACACUGUACUGUAAUAUGAAGUAAAAGCAGGUGUUGUUUCAAGAAUGAUGAGAGCUAUAAUGGGGCCAAGGAGUUCCUUGAAAAUGUGGAAGGAGGAGCCUCCAUGAGCAUGUGGACUUAUUUUUAUAUUUUCGUUUAGUUAACUUACAUCUGUAUAUGUAAGCAGUUUACCUCCUUCCAUUGGAUGCUCAUGGUGUACAAAUCAGUUCUGGAUAUGCAGGAAGGUGGUCUGUCAGUACCAGGGAAUCUCGGUCACUCUGCCCGCACGCCUCCUUUGUUAUGAAUGCUUCUGUAGUAAUUUAAAUGUACAACGGAAUUUCAUAAAAGCAGUUUUACACAGCAUAGAAAUGCAUUUUGAUCUGAAGUGUCAUAUACCUUACACAAAUCUCAUAUAAAGUGUAAAACGAUAAGCUACCUUGGUACUACUUGUAGUAGCUUUCUUAAGGUUUCCCAGUGUCCUUUGUGCAAAGCAUGUGAUGUCAAAAGCAGUAUUACUAACUGGGACAACAGCAGUCACUCUGUACAUAAGCAAGUUUAAAAACCCAGCAAUCUGAAUAAGACAGGAUGAGUUAGGGGCCUCCGAUAUUUCAUUCAGAGACUUCACACAGUCUUCGUUCAAUAUAUUGGCAGGUACACACCUGAAGCUUAUCUUUCUUUCAAAUUGUUUUGCAAGGUAAUAUCAGUGCUGGGUAUGCUAUAGUUGGAAAGCAAAGCAAGUUGCAUAGAGUUGGAUAGCUUGUGAGUGUAUAAAUAUUACUCUACAUGCAGAUCCCUCAUCAAAAGUCUCCACUUCAUCGAUUUCAGAAAGCAAAGUGGGCUGCUCUCAAUUUGUUCCUUUUUCUCUUUUUCUUUGGGGGUGAGGUGAUAAUGCUUAACAGAAUCCUUGUGAUAGGUAUUCAUAAUUUCUCUAAGGGAAAGGCAUAAGAAUGAACAAUAUAUUUGCAUGAUCUCGGCUUACCUCUGUGCUUUUACACGUGCACCCCCAGUAGAGUUGUCAAGUGGAUAUAUGAUUCAUGCUGCCUAAUAGUGAGACACAAAACAUAAUGAGACAGUACUUUGUCGAGAGUGUAGUGUCAGCAGCCGUGAAGUGAAGUGUCCUUGCCCCAAUUCAUCACCUGUAGUGUACAAGCUAAACAUGAAGUGGAGAAUUGAAAUUCCUGUUGGACUUCCAACACAGUACAAAUGCGUCUCUGAAUUUUUGCAAAAUAUUUCAAAAUGUGUAUCAGCUGAAGAUCCUGUAGUUUGUAAGCUGUAGGUUUUUCUUUUCUUUUCUUUUUUUUCCUAUGCUGUCAACUGAUUAUCAGUCAAAGGCACUUAUGCUAUACUCCAAUAUUAUUAACCACUAGCUUUUAUCGUCUACCAAAACGCAACCUCAUAUAAUGACACCGUCCCAAUAUUGCAAGGUACUUUCUUGAACUGUAUAUUACACGCUUCAGUAUAGCAUUGCUUUUUCUGAUGUUUUCAAAAGUGAAAUGGCUCUGUCGGCAACUUGGAAGCUAGCUAGUGUAUUCUUGGAGGAAAAGAGUCGAUAUCAUCUCAUGUUCAUCACUGUUACGAACUGCAUUUGGGAGUGUUCUUGAAAGAGUGACACCCAAUGUCAGCUAAAUGUACGCCUCAUGCAGUGAUACAAAAAUAAUUUCUUUGCAAAAUAUGCCGUGAGUACACCGGAAAGCUUUCACUGCAUGAACCACUGGUGUGAUAUUCUCUGCUGUGAAUAUCACUGUCUUUGCCAUUUUUCUUUGCGCUUUUCAUAACAGCUUGCUUGCGUGCCCUGUUUACCAUGCUUGUAUACCAUGUACUGCAGAUAGAAAAUCUGUCGAUGGCCUUUUCAAGUUCUGCUUGGGGAUUUUUGUUGUUUGAGCAAUUUAUGAUGUAAUUGAAUGAGUUUGUAAAAACUGUGCAGUGUAGAUGUGAAGUUGUGAAAAAUUUUUGUUUGAACUGAAGCCGUGUGGAACAUAGCACUUUUUUUGCAUUUAUUUGCCCUUGCAGUUUUGCAUUAGGCUCUCUUUCUUUUUUUUUUUUCAAGACACUCACUGUGUUUUGUUGGUCACAGAAGCUGAUGUUAUCAGAAUAAAGCAUUUAUAGACAAAGUUUAGUCAUAUAAGUACUAUACUAAUUUAUUCCUGUUCAUUUUACUACUUGUUUACUUUGCAUGAAUAGCCAGACCAAAAGAAGCUGUUCUACCGUAACAGUCACUAGGUUAUAGUCAAAUGAGAUUGCACAACAAGCAAAGCAGAAAUUGUUGUUUAUAGUGUAAUAAGCAAGUGCAGCAUGCACCAAACUGCCCUAGUGGCAUUGUGCAUGCCAUGAUUCCACACAAUAUUGUGCUAUUGUUCUGUUUGCUUACACAAUAUUGUGAUAUGUCUUGUCAAAAGAAGCACACAUGGAUUAAAGUUCUUAUUUCAUGGUUGUA